UAAAAUUAAUAAUAACAUAGGUCAAACAGUUGAUCAAUAAAAAUAUAGCGAGUUGGAUACACAAAAUUUUGUUGGAAUUUUGUAUUUGACUUUAUUGAAUACCAUCAAAAAUCACAAGAAUGGAGAUAAAAAAAUAUUGUGAUUGUCCUAACUAUGGCUGUAUGUAUGUUCAUAAUCGUCCUGUUGAUACUAUAACGGAUGCAAAACAACUUUUUUUACAAAAAACGACAUUCAAAGACAAAUUCGAGGUGGUAUGGAAGUCUUCAGUCGCUUAUAUUGAAGAAAGUUGUGAUGGACUUGGAAAAAGUGUUGAUCACUCAGAAUCCUUGAGAGAACUUGGUAACAAGGAAUACACUACUCCUAAAAAUGAAGAUUAUCUGCGUAAAUCAAUUGAAGCAUACACCAAGAGUAUUGCUUGUGCACCAGCUGGAUCCAAUGAAUUGUCAUUGGCUUAUGCAAAUCGUUCAGCUGUAUUAUUCAAAGCUAGACUCUAUCAAGAUUGUCUUCUUGACAUAGAACGUGCUUUAAAAUCAGGCUAUCCAGAUGAAUUAAAAACAAAAUUAUUUGUACGUCAAUCAUUGUGCUUCAAGGCCUUAGACCCAAGCUUUAAUAUUGAGUCAAGUGGCAAUGCAAUUCUCUGGCUUCCUAAUUCAAAAAAAAACAAUCCAAAUUACAACGUCAAAGAUGAAUAUUCAAAGAUGAUAAAACAUCUUGAAAAACCACGUAAUGUUAGUUUGUUUUCACCAGAAAUGAAAAAUAAAAUAAUAGUUGGUGGAUCUGAUGCAAUUGAAUUGUCAAAAACAAAUGACAAUAAUCAACAUGUUGUUGCAACAAGAGACAUCAAAUCUGGUGAAUUUAUUUACCUUUCUGAGCCAUUUGCAAUGGUUCAAUCUGACAAAUCACGUUAUAUUAGUUGUUGGCAUUGUUGUCGUCAAACUUUGGCUGGUAUACCAUGUGAUGAAUGUCCAAAUGUUGUGUUUUGUUCACCAGAAUGCAAAGAAAAAGCAUGGAAUGAAUAUCACAAUCUUGAAUGUUUAGUCUUGGGACAACUUUUAAAAUCUGCCAAAAUCUAUUUGGAACAUCUAUCAACAGUAAAAAUUUUUUUAAAGGCUAUCAACUCAGCAGGUGGUUUAAUUCAAUUGCAAAAGAAAAUUGCCAAUAUUGACUCGAUGAAAGAUGAGGGGUUGAUAUUUGUCAAUGGUACUCUUGAUGUAAAUUCUAUUGAUAAUUUUCAUCGUCUUGAUUAUUAUAAACCAACAUCAACUAUGUGUACAUUUGAAACGACAGAAGUAGCAGUAUGGAUUGUUACAAUUUUGUGUAAAAAAACAAAUAUAUUAGGUCAAAAAAUGACAUUGAAAAAUUUAAUUAAAAAUAAAAAUAAAAAAAUAUUUAUUCUGGGAGAAUUAUUAUUGCGAUAUAAGAUGAUUGUUGAUCACAAUGUUCAAACUUUUGCAGUAACAGAACUUGGUCGUUCAGUUGAGUGGUCAGAUGUCGUCAUGCCAUUUUAUAAGAUAUUAAAAAACAGCUGUGAUCCUAAUGUUGAUUGGGCUUAUUUGGGUUCAAAGGUUGGUUAUUAUGCUAAAAAGCCAAUCAUGCAAGGAGAACUGUUACUUCCGAGUGCUGCUGGUCCAUAUUAUACAAAAUCAAAGUUCGACCGACAUCAGAUACUAGAAUAUAUCACUGAUGAUCCUGUACCAUGUAAAUGUACAGCAUGUACUGAAAAUUUGCCAACUGGGCAAUAUCUUCCAUCUUACCAGAGCAUGAUGUUGCCAACAAAAAUCGAGCAACAAUUGGAUUGUAUGAUGCAAACACUACAAUUGUGGCAAGAUGUCAUUGCCAAUGGAGAUACUGAAGAAUUAUUAACAAUCAAGGAUACUUUGAAUAGCAUGAAUGAUGAAUUUUAUAAAUCCAUUACUGGUCCUUGUCGGGAAAUGUCGUUAUGGUAUUACUCAAUCAGAAUAUUACAUAGUCGACUUCAUAUGGUUCAUAAUAAUAUAAUGAACAUGAAUAAGUCAACAUGUUAG